GUAAUGAGAAGAGUAGUUGAUUGAUGAUAGUCAAUGAUAUGAAUGUUAUUUGUUAUUUGUGUCUAACAGAUGCAUAUCGUGAUGGCCGCAAAAAGGCGAAGGAGGGGGAGCUAACGUCGGACCUGCAGUCCGAAGCUGAUAUGGACAAGCCCCGAAAAAGAAAGAGGAAUGUCCGGCUCAAUCCCCUCGGGGGAAGAGAGUCUUCUUCUGAGGCAGAAGAGGACCAACUCCCCUCUCCACCUAAAAUUUUCCAUUCCCUUCCCCCCACUUCCAUCAACCCCUUGUCCACCCCUCUCUCCACCCUUUCAGCCUCCACCUUCUCUUCCCCUCUCUCUUCUCUCUCCACCCUUUUGUACACCACCCCCCUAUCCACCAUAACCUCCCUCCCUACCCACUCAGUCUCCACCACCCUCCCCUCUGUAUCCUCCACCACCAUCCCUACCCAGACCAACUUCUCCACCUACCCCACCACCAUCCCUACCCAUACCAACUUCUCCACCCCUCUCUCCACCUACCCCACCACCAUCCCUACCCAUACCAACUUCUCCACCCCUCUCUCCACCUACUCAACCAACCUCCCCUCUGUAUCCCCUAACGCCAUCACUACCCCAACCAACGUCGUACCAUCAUCUCUGUCAUCGUCACCAUCUCCUUCCUUCAUCAGUAUCAGUGAUGUGACAGGGGUUAGGCGGCAAAAUGGCCACCAGCCCACCGUGUGCAGCAGCUGCUUCCCCUAUAUGAAGGAGAUGGUGACGAAGAUGGAGAUGGUGCUGCAGCAAAUCUCCAUACUGCAGGCGCAGCAUGCUGCAUCUGCAGCACCACCACCGGCAGCAGUGGAGGGGCUCCCCCUAACCUCCAAGGACGACCUCAUGCUCCUGGAGGCAAGGCUCAUGGACCCUCAAGAGGAGGAGAGAGUGAUUUCAUAUUUAGGUCUGGUGGGGGGACUCACUGUAAAGGAUUGCGUGUGGCGCAUCCUCCAGAGGGCCAUGACUAACGACCUUGCCCAGAGCCUGAACUGGCGGGGGGCGAACGGCAAGUUGCCCCUCAGCAAGUUCAGGCUCCGCCGUGUGAUAACUUCUGCAGUACGUAAGAACCCCCUCACAGCAUCUGCGACAGAUAAAGAGAUAGAGACGGUGGUGAAGAGGUGGCUGCAGCUGGCAUCAGAUCGAGAGGGGGGGAGGAGGAGGAGAUUUGAAAGGGCCGAGAGGCAGUAG